AUGCGGCUGCUCGUGAUGCUAUCCCGGGUUUCGCUGUUGGUUUCGGCCGGGACCAUCCCCAAGCCGCACAGCAAACGAGCCGAUGCCUGCGGCUCUGUUCGCGAUCAACUCAGGAGCGCUCCCCAGAACAAACAGCCAUCACCACCGCCAAACUCAUCUUCGCCGACAAACGCAACAUUGCCGAAACCACAGGCCCUGAUCCCCGGCCAAGCUGCGCACGACUGCCUCAGGUCGCUUCCCUUUGACUUCCUCGGCGCCAGGGCGUUCUUGAGCGGGCUGCAGAAGUAUGUUGAGUUCCAGUCCACGAUCGAGGCUCUGCGGGACCCCCCCGACUCGUACGCUUCCGAGCCCGUCGACAUCUUUGGGGGCUUGGAGCAGAUUGGCGGCAACAACUACGAAAGUCUGUAUGAUUUCAACGUCGACCUCAAGGCGCUCUUCACCUCGGCCCACGACGGCCACUUCGGCAUCACGCCUUGCACCUCGGAUAUUUUCAGGUUCCAGCGGGAUCAUGAUGGCAUUGUGUCUGUGUCCGAGGAUGGUCUGGCACCGCCCGAGCUGUUUGCCUUUUCCGAUAUCGAAGCGUCCCAGAAAGGCAAGGCAAGCAUCUCGCCGAUUGCAGAGAUAAACGGACGAGAUGCUCUCGAGUAUCUGCAGGACCUUGCCCGCAUGUCUUCAAGCCAGGACCCGGACUCGCGGUGGAACGAGCUGUUCCGCUCGCCGUCGUGGCUUGCUGCCCAGACAAUACAUCCGGCCGGAUCCUUCAUCGAGAACGACGGGGCCUGGCCGGGGGCCGGCAAGACGACCGUCAGGUUCACCAACGGCUCAUCCGUCGACAUCGAAACACUGGCAGGGCCCUUUGGCAAGGAUGCUUUCAACGGCUCUUCGGCAGACGAGGUCCUUGCCACCUACUGCCGUCCGCCGCCGCCGGGCCCUCCCUCUCCUCCGCCGCCACCCGAUGGACCCUUUGACAGUGGAAUCCCAGGGUACCCGGAGCCCAUUGCCCGCGAUCCGCACAACGAGGUCAGCGGAUACUUUCUGGACAACGAGACGGCCGUCAUGGUCAUUUCUUCGUUUGGCGGGUCCGAGAAGCCUGAAGACUACUCGCUCACCUAUGCCAACGUGGCCAAGGACAUUAUCGCCAAGGCCAAGGCCUCGGGCCGCAACAAGCUCAUCCUGGAUGUGUCGGGCAACGGGGGCGGGUCGCCGAUCCGGUUCCUCAACAUAUUCAAGGUCUUGUUUCCCGGCCAGUUUCCCUUUGACGCUCUUCGGUUUCGGCGGAGCCCGGCAACGGAUAUCCUGACCAAGGUCUUUGGAGCCCUCAACCGCACCGACGCGGCCAGUCUUCAAACAGGCCUGGCAUUCCCAGCCAUGGUGGCCCCCGACCAGGUGCACGGCUUCCAGACGGCAUCUGACAUUCUGGGAGACGAGCGGCCGCAGCUCGGGGUCGAGGUUUCAGCCGUCUACACAUUGAACUUCACUCUCGCGUCGACCGAGCAGGAUCCCCUGGAAGGCUUCGUUCCCCCGAGCACAACGUUUGACACGGCGCCGUUCAAGCCAGAGGAUAUCCUGGUAGUGGGCAACGGCUUCUGCCACUCAUCCUGCGCCGGCUUCGUCAACAUCAUGGCCAACGUCGGCGGCGUCAAAACGCUGGCUUUCGGCGGCCGCCCCCAGAACGGGCCCAUGCAGAUCAUGGGCGGCGUCCGCGGCGGCCAGCAAAUCUUGAGCGACGAGAAGCUGCUUGCCGGAAAGCCCCCGCCGCUGUCUCCCGAGGAGCUGGACCUUGCUGACAAGAGGAUGCCGCCGCCGCUGCCAGGCUUGCCGUUCAAGUUUGAGUUCCAAGCAGCCUCCUGCCGCUUGUUCUACACCCGGGAAAACAUCAUGGAUCCGAAAACAAGCUGGACCGCCGCCAAGGAGGCCAUCUGGGGCGGCGGCAAGUGUGUCGAGGGAUCGGCUGGCGUGGCUGGUGGAGGACGGGAAUUCAAACCCCAGCGUUAA